CGGGAAGACACUGCUGCAACAGUUUGAUUUAAUUUGUUACUCGAGUUGAUUGCUGGAAGAGUGGAAGAUGGCUUUCUGCAACGUCUGGCAUCGGUGACGCCAUGGCUACCAUAUGCUUCUCUGAUUCUUGGUCACAUUGGAGCAUGGAGUCAUGCAGUAGCUUCGUCAGGGUCUCUUUCUCCGGCCUUGGGGAAUUUCAGAUGGCAGUGCUUCCUUGGAUUGGAGUUGUCAUGCCAUGAAUGGUAUCUGCUCUUCGUUGGCAGCAAAACACAGAGGUUCUCUUUGGUGGCAGCAGCACCAUUGCAUGCAGUUCUGCACUCUUUGCUGUGAAGCGAAGUCCCCGACCUGUCUACGCCAUUGGCGGUGAGAACAAGACUUCUCUGAAGUGCAAUUCAAUGAUUGCGUGUUCUUGCUGUUUCGCCCUGAGGGAUUCUUUGGCGAUGGCGACCACAAAGGUUGACUCGAGAAGGGGUGGGGAAAGGCAGGCGGCAGGCUUUGAGGAUGCAAGCAUGGGGAUGGGGAGAUGGGAUGAUGGGGCUUCUCACAGAGCGGAGGUCAUAUGGUGGAAAGAGCCUGCAGGGCCACAGAGAUCACAUUCUGGGAAGUAUUUUUGUAACCUGGGAUGUGGCCAGUCUGUCCCUAUAAACGAACAAGCCAGCCAUGAGUUGGCACACAGUCUGCAAGACCCAAGGUCAAUGGUUGGGGUCACGAGGAGUCCUGAAGUCGUCCAGACGAAGCAGUUGGUGAGGGCCGACAGUGGGAGGGAUAGGUUGGUGAGCAAGGCAGUGGGGAAGGCAGGGGAGAAGGAAGAAAACUCAGAGAUCAACUUGCUGACGAGGAAUCAGAUAAUCGGUGAGUUCAAUCCCAUGUUGAAGGAGGGGUUGAUGCCUCUUCUCAGGCAGGCUGUCGAGGAGGAGAUCAACCAGGAGGAGCAUUCCAUUUUUCAAGUAGCUUUGGCUGGGCAUGUGGAUCACUAUGAGAGUAAGAAGAAGGAUGAUCUGGGAUGGGGCUGCGGGUGGCGUAACAUCCAGAUGCUUUGUUCGCACCUCAUCCGGAUGAGGGAAGAUGCGAAACGCGUUCUAUUUGGAGGGGUCGGUUUUGUGCCGUCCAUCAAGGAUUUGCAGCAGUGGCUGGAGAGGGCGUGGCGUUCAGGUUUUGACAUGAUGGGCGCCGAGCAACUUGGUUGGAAGGUCCAUGGGACAAAUAAAUGGAUAGGGACAACAGAGUGUGCAGCAUUGCUGCGCUCCUUUGGACUCCGUGCUCGGAUUGUCGACUUCAAAUACACUGGGAAUGGAUCGCCAACAGCAGGUGCCUAUGCAUCACCAACGGCAGGUGCAGCUACACAGGAGCAAGAGUUGCACUGCGUAGAAUUGAGACCGAGGCGGAAGACCGGUGGACGGGAAAGGGAGUGGAACAUCAACUUAUUGAAUGACUUGCGACCAAGUGCAAAGCAUAGACGAUGGGGCAGCUGGAAGGAGAUGUUCCUCGUGCACAAGGAUGCUGAGCAGCCAUGGGACAAUGAUGGAUUCGAUGCCUUCGAACUCGCACGCGCCUUGUCAAUGAGCCUCUCUGAGCAUGCCCAAACCACACCUGCUGUUCAUACUGGAGUCUACUGCGAUGGUUGCGCGAUGAAUCCUUUGAAAGGUCCGCGGUUCAAAAGCAUGAAGCAGAAGAACUUUGAUCUGUGUUUAGGAUGCUGGGAAAAGGUUGACGAGGUCAGAGAUCGCAAGUUGGGCUGUUCAAGGGAUUACAUGAGGAUAGAAAGACCAGAGGUGAAGCAGCGUGAGACGACUGCAGCAAUUUCGUCACCAAGGGUCAAGAGUACAGCACAGAAUCGCGAAAAGGUUUCGCAGCUUUCACAGGCGAGCAGUCAAGUACUAAAUGGCUGGGACCUUGUGAGCGGGGAUGAUCCAAUACAUAUGGCACUUGUGGAAUGGGUGUGGCAGUAUUUCACGGAGGGAAAGGAUGGGAGUGGGAAGGGAACAACAAUUAUCGACAGCAAAAGAAAGCCAGGCCAUGUACAUGACUGGUUGCCAGCUAGUCGCAUUUUACUCACAAAUAAGCCCUCUGAUGAGCUAUCCAGCUGUUUACGUCACAGACGAGGAUGGCAGAGGCUUGUGAAGAGGCCUGUUCAAUCACUUCGCAAGGCAGAAUACCAGGUUUGCUAUGUGGAGCCGGGGAUUGCCUCGAGAGAGGAGUGGGAGCAGCUCAAAGAGCUGGACAGCAUCCUGCAGUUGUAUUGAUGUGAAUGCCAGAGCAUAGCACAUCAGGAGUUAUGCUCGCUUUACGCUUUUAUCGUCAUCCCCUUCUCUCUCCAUCGAGAAGACUCAGUGGCACACAUAUACAGCGGUGAGGGGUGGGUGCGCUAAUACAAGGGGCCUACAUGCAUCCUGCUGAACAUCUGCAUCGGCGAUCGACAGCUACUUCGAGAACGUCAGCGGAAAGCGCUGAAGCCUCGUCAACUAACUCUGUGCACUGUUAUGAUUCUUUGCGAUCUGCCACCCAUGUGUAAAGGAACCAACAAUUCUAAGGUAUGAUCUGCUGCCAACUUGUCCGAAACCAUCUCUCCGCGGAGUCCUCACCCUUAGUGCGACUGCUCGCCUCCGCUUGUUACAUGCAGUAAAGAAAGGGAGGGGACACUUCGCCCCCCUCACUUUGUUGUAGCAAUAUGAGUUAUCUUCUUGUAGGCAGUAUGGAGGCAGCUCAGGGACGUGUCAGACACGAUCGAUUGAACGAUUGAACCGAUUGAACGCUCCUCACAGCCAGUGAGAGUGCGGUGGCUUUGUACAUGUUGCGAGUCUUGCGACUUAGUGACGCUCGUGGUGUUUGCGCGUGCCCAUUCGAUGUGGUGCACGUGUCCCUCGUAGGAACUCGAAUACACUAGGAUGUCAUCCAUGUAUUGAGCCUUGAAUUGAAGUAAGGUAGUGAUUUAAUUUGCACCGCUUUUUUUUUGCUUUUUUUUUUUUUUUGCUGCUCUAGCAUUCAGUUGGUUUGGGUGAGAGAAAAAUGAAUGCUAGCGCAGCAAAAAAAGAAGAAAAAAAAAGAAAAAGAAAAAAAAGCAAAGGUUCAAAUUUGGAGUAAGGAGGUUGAAAUGGACUACUGUAGGAGACAGUUUUGCUUUGUGGUGAGAGAGUUUGAAUUCCAACAAGAAAAGAAAAGGGGAGAGGGAGGGAGGGGGGGUGAGCAAAGGAAUGAAAAACAACUUUGUGGUGAGAACAAAUUAAGUUGAUUAGGGAGGGAGGGGGGGUGAGCAAAGGAAUGAAAAACAACUUUGUGGUGAGAACAAAUUAAGUUGAUUGUGAAUCAACGAAGGGCAACUGCGCGAAACGGGGAGUUGAAGUCUCUCUGAGAGUCAUUCAGCUAGCUUGCUCUGUAAAAAAUGGGAGUUGAUGUGUUGAUGUGUUCAUUAAGUCGUCCUGCCGCUGCUACGGCAAGUAUGGUUAGUUCGGCGGCCAAACUGUACACAAAGAGUAGUGUAUUGUGAAUCAACGACAAGAGAGCCAUUGGCUGACGAAUGAUGUCGAGAUGGAGUUUGGGAAGAUGUCAUGGUGAUGAAGUCAGGAGGAGGAAGAAGACUAAGAAGAGGAGGUGGGAGGAGGUGGGAGAAGAGUAGAAAAGAUUAAACACAGAGUCAGAAGUUGGAUUAGUGAUCAUGGGGGAGAGAGGAAGAGAGGGAGGGAGGUAAGGGCCUCCAGCAGUGAUGUUUGUAUACAGGUCGAUUCUGCGGGGGAAGUAAUGUCAUGGAUCUGAAGAUGGAAGAUCAUCAGGAGUGAGGUUAAUGUAAUUGUAUGCUUGCGGUGAGCGAAGAGAGCAGCAGGGGAAGGGUAGGGCAGAAGUCGAAGCCGGUUCAAGGACACGGACCAGACACAAACCGAACAGAAAGUCGAUCCAAGCCUCGCUCGGAAUGACAGGAAAGAGGCGCAGAGGGUUCUUGGUAUGGACCUCCGCUGUCAUAUAUUUUGGGCAUAUGCUUGAACCUUGGGCACUGCGAACUUGUGUGAAGAAGGUGCAUUCUGAGCAACAACAACCUUCUAAGCUGAAGGUCACUGGUUCAAAUCCUAUCCUGCUGAGUUCUUCCUGAAUUCAUAAGUUGGUCAUACCUUCUGCAUGCUUCAUGAACCUUUUUGGUGCUGUCAAAGGGAUGUAACCUUCUCUGUGUCUCCCCGCCUUAAAGGCUUACACAAGAUAACCAAGCAUGCAGAAUUGAACUGUUUACGUUCUCAAAUCCUAUCUUGUCUAUUAUGGGACAGGAAAGGGAAGGUUCUGACUGAGCAACAACGCAACCUUGCAAGUCGAAGAUCACAGGUGCAGGUACUGUGCAAGGGGAUGCUGAAUUCUUUUCUUAAAGACUCGAACUGAAAAGUUUGAAGAUUGCUUGUCGAAUUGUGUAAAGGGGUGGCAUGUUGUUCCCCUCUGUUGUUAUGGUCACCCGGGGACAUACCGCCGUUAUUCCUAGGGUCUGUGUGAAUAGAUAGAUCCAGGGGUAUCUCUGAACAAGUGAAUAGAUAGUAGGGACUGUGAUCGAAGGGUAUCUCUGAACAAGUGAAUAGAUCGUAGGGUCUGUGAUUUUGUCAGCUUUGUCUUCUUCCACUAAAGGGGAUACUCGUGUGGGGAGUUUGCUGAAUAUAGAAGUUGAAAACGUCCGGGUGUGAGUACGCCCUACCCGAGGGCGUGAUCUACCGUAAAGCACGGAGCUGGGCGACCUGCGUUAGGGCGAGUUCCAGCCGCAGGGUGGCCUGUCUGACAUGCUGAGCUGCCGGUUUGUCUAGCAAUCUCCUCCUGAGGCUCCUGUGCCUUUUCACUUUAUUUGUAUGCAUGCCAUCUUUCGGGUGCGUGGGCACGACAAGGCAAUUGCCGUCUCGUCCCACGAAGAGAAUGUGCGCAGAUAAUGAUUGCUGUUUCUAGACUGGAAGUUUGCCCAAAAUACAUCCGAUUCGGGGAAAGACAGCACAGCACAGCAUAGCACAGCAUAGCACAGUACAGCACAGCACACAGCAUAGCGUGGUUAUUCAUGUUUGUUUGUCCGGAGGUAAAGUCUUUGGUGUGAAUUCUUCCUUGGGGAUGGCUUUAAGAGUUUUAAGUCUUUUGGUGUCAAUUCUCUCUUCUUCUAGUGAUGUGAACAACCCCACCGCUCGUGUUCGAAGAUGCUGCAAUGACUGACUGUUUGUUCUUGGCUUGUCUUAGGAGGGACACUAGUGAGCAGAUAUUGCCAGUUUGCCGAAUUGUGAGCACUUACGGGCGAGCUACGCCAGUAGUGGAUCGUUGAUUGCAAGCCUUUUCGCUGAUGAAGGCGAGUGCGGUAUCUCGCCCUACCGGGUGCUUGCCAUACUUCCCUUCCCUACCGUUCGGAUUCCAACUUUCCUUAGCUUCUUCUCAUCACCCACAGCAUUAACCUCUGGCUUGGCUUUUUCUAUGUGCAUGCACUAUAGAUAGGUACGCUGGUAAAUGCGUGCCUAUUAUUAUAGACUUUAGCGGCGGAAGUUUAGCCCCUUUUCUCCUUUUUGACCCUGCUAUGGGCAUCAGUACAUCGGACUACAUCCGGACUUCAGACGUGCAGUGCCUCUUUUUUCGGAAUUGGCGGAACUCUUUUACAUGCUCGGUCAAACACAUUAUCGGCGUCCCAUCUUGCCGACACCCCUUGUUGCUGCAAGAAGUUAUGGCAGACGCCGGGAUCGAGAUCAGUGUGACAUCUGCCGGCGUCUACCGGCGACGAUGCGACCACAUGAUCCUGUUUCCAGUCUCCUACUCCCAUGAAAUCUAUACACUGAUCAGCUCACUUUUCGUUUAUAGCUGUGUACCAAGAUGUGGGGACAAUUUGCCCUGGCGAGAGUUUUCUGGAUUGGAAGCUCUCACAUGGGCAGCAGAAUGUAGUUGAAGGCAGCUUUGUGAAUGGUCUAAUGGCGAAGGUUGAGGUGCAGGUUUUCUUUUUCUUUGCUUGAUCUCCCUGUGCUCCCUCGUGCGGUUUGUCGUCUUAGUAAAUUCUUACACCAAAA